UAUGAAGAUAAAUCUAAUGCAUUAAAACAAAUUCUUGAAUUAAAUAAUGAUUUUCCAAAUGAAAAAAUCAAAUCACUUGUUCAAUUAACACUUUCAAGUGAAAAUAAUUAUGAAAUUGAUGAAUGGAUUGGUUGGAUGAAAUCACGUUUAGCACAUUUUAUAAAUGAUUGUGAAGAAGAAUGUCAUUUAAUUAUUCAAACACAAAAUUCAAUUGAAUAUCGAUCAAAUAAUACUGAAGCAUUUUAUUCUAUUGCUUUUCAACUUGAUCCACAAACAUUAAUUCAACAUCGAAAUUUUUCUUAUUGGUUAAAUCAAUUUCUUGAUCAAUUUAAUUUAUAUCCAAAUCGAAAAGAAUCAAUGAAAAUUUCCUAUAAAAUAAUCUCAAUACAUGAUUGGAAACUUGAACGAAUGCAACCAAAACCACAAAGAAUAAGAAAAAAAUAA